AUGGCUACACAUUUCAGAAUAGCCAAAGUCGACCGAUUUCCUGGUCAAGUAAUCAGUUUGGCCCACAUUGCUAAUGCAAACAAGAUUGUAAAAGAGAAGCUCAUGCCAAUGCAGUUGGCCAUGUUCAGGAGAACAGUUUUUGGACGAUUUGUAGACGUUGAUAUGGUGUUUAACAACCCAAUUGUCCAUCACAUGUUGCUUAGAGAAGUGAAAAGGACAAAAUCUGACUUAAUGUCAUUCUCUGUCUGUGGGAAGGUUGUCACCUUUUCGAAGGAUGACUUUUUUGUGAUGACUGGUUUGUGGCAAUCCCCAUCACGAGUUGAUCGGAACCAACAGUCCUCAUAUGAACUUGCUAUCAACCUAGUUUACUAUACUAAGGUCGCAAUGAUGGGAAAAAACAAACAGAAAAAUCCAGUCGACCUCAAACGUUUCAAGGACGUUCAAAACUUGGAAUACUACAAUAGUCUUGAUUGGGGUACCAUUAUUUGGGAGAGGACAUUGGAUGCCCUAAAGACUACAUUGAAUGAUAAGAGCAGUCUAUACAAGAUAAAGGUCAAAAUAAAGGUUAAAGAGGGCACUGUGAUGUCAGAUGCUGAAAGGGAGUUUCGGGAUACCCAGUGGAACGACGACCUAUAUUUGAGCUAG